GAGGUUACAAAAUAAGUUCAAAUCAUUGUGAUGGAAUUUGGUGCAAGCUGGGGGAAUGCGUACAAUACGAAUUAAAAAUGAAAAUUAAAAAUGUGUUAAGUUAGUGAAAUAGUCGUAAGAGAUCUAAAACAAAAUGGGAAAUACGGAAAGUAAUGUUACCAGCGGAGUGAAGAAACAGGCUGGAGUCUCCACACAAUCACUGUACAAAUUGGUGAAUUUAAAAGGUGGUGGUUUAUUAGUGGAUAUGAUGAAAAGAGCUUGCCAGAGUAAACAGUUUGCGGAAAUUGAUCAUGCAAUUAAAACUAAGGUUGAGCCAUUUCUUUACAACAAAGGUGCUGGACGGUACAUACCGAUUUCGAAAAUUGUUUUAAUCAGAAACAUCGAUCGAGCUAGACAUAAACAAUUACCGGAAAUUCGUUGCUUGGAAAAUCCUGACGAAGAGUUCGACAUUGAGCAACACCUACCAGUGGUAACGGAAAUCGAAUAUUUAACAAAUCCGAAAGGAUAUCGGGAAGUUUGUUGGGAUUUAAAGGAACGAGGUGCUGUUGGAGAGUCCAUUCUUCAUUUGUGCUUGCUAAAUGCAACAUCUCUUCAUGCGGAUUUAGCUAAAAGACUGCUCAGAUUCUAUCCGAAACUUAUCAACGACAUUUACAUGAGUGACGAAUAUUAUGGCGAGAAUACGCUACACAUAGCUAUCGUGAAUGAGGAUCCUGCUAUGGUAAAAUAUUUGCUUGAUGCUGGUGCAGAUGUGAAUGAGAGGUGUUUCGGAGCAUUCAUGAGUCCGGAGGACCAAAAACCGUCACGAAGUGAUUCGCAAGAACAUGAAUGGGUUGACGUAAAUGCCAAUACGACAUACGACGGUUACGUCUACUGGGGAGAAUAUCCACUCAGUUUUGCUGCUUGUUUAGGUCAAGAGGAAUGUUACCGAUUAGUGUUGGCCAAAGGUGCCGAUCCGGAUGCACAAGACACGAAUGGAAAUACUGUCUUACACAUGUUGGUUAUUUAUGAGAAAAACGAAACGUUUGAUAUGGCUUACGAGGUGGGAUCGUCUUUGGGUAUUCGAAACGUUCAAAAUAUGACGCCACUUACACUAGCAGCUAGACUCGGGCGAGUCGAUAUGUUUUUUCAUAUAAUGAAUAUUGAACGAGAGAUUUACUGGCAACUGGGCAGCAUCACUUGUGCGGCUUAUCCGCUAUCACAAAUAGAUACCAUCGACAUUGAGACGGGAAAUAUAAGCAAGGAUUCUGCAUUGAAUUUGGUUGUAUUCGGUGAUAAAUACGAGCAUUUGGAGCUUAUGGAUGGAGUCCUAUUGGAUUUAUUGAAGACAAAGUGGAAUACGUUUGUGAAAUCACGUUUUUAUCGACAGUUUUAUUUAUUCGCAACGUACUUCUUUGUCUCGUUGGUAUGUUUUGUGUUGCGACCCGGUCCUGAUAUGGAAGAUGACGAUGAUGAUACCGAAGGGGGGAAGUCUAACAAAAGUAGGAUUGCUAUUGACAAUGUAAUGGGAAGGAUAAUCGAUCUGAAUGGAAAAAAUGCAACUAUCGUUGAUGGACAGGCAAUUAAUGCGACACUGGAGCCAUUCAUUAGGGAUUACGGAAACCCAUUCUGGUUUAAUUCGACUGAUUAUGUGGAAGAACAUGAUGGACCGAAUUGGUGGAGUGCUUAUUCACAAUGCCCGUUGCUUAAUGUUGAGACAUCCACUAAUCAGAUACGAUUAGUGGCAGAAGUCAUACUUCUCUGUGGUGCAAUGCUCUAUAUUUUGGCAGCGUUACGAGAGAGUAAAUUUCUUGGUUACCAUAUGUUCAUAGAAAAUUUGAUGACUGCGCCUUCAAGAGUCAUGUUUCUAUUUUCCUGUUGUUUAAUGAUGAUCGUUCCGUUUCUCCGAAUAGCAUGUUUAACAGAACUAGACGAUCAUGUAUCGGUUGUUAUUAUGCUUACCACUGCCCCGUACUUUUUGUUUUUCUGCAGAGGAUUUAAAACCGUUGGUCCUUUCGUUGUGAUGAUUUAUCGCAUGGUAAUGGGAGAUUUAAUUCGUUUUGUCUCCAUUUAUCUCGUGUUUGUAAUGGGAUUCGCACAGUCAUACUUCAUCAUAUUCCUAUCAUUUGACAAUCCCGCCACUCCUGAAGGCAUCGAUGAUUCGGAAACGAAUCCAGUGCCUUCGGCGAUGGAGAGCAUUGUGGCCAUGUUUUUAAUGUCGUUAACCAAUUUCGGUGAUUACUAUGGAGCUAUGGAGCGGACGAAUCAUGAAAUGGAAGGGAAAAUUUUGUUUGUCAUUUUCAUGGUAAUCGUAGCGGUUUUACUGGUGAACAUGUUGAUCGCUAUGAUGGGAAAUACGUACCAGAAAAUCGCUGAAACACGAAACGAAUGGCAGAGACAGUGGGCUAGAAUUGUGCUAGUAGUAGAACGAGGUGUAGCUCCAGCCGAAAGAUUACGAAAUCUGAAAUCGUACAGUCAGCCCAUGUCGGAUGGAAGACGUGCCUUAGUGCUUAGGCUGAAUAUGAGUGAUGCUGACAAGGAAGAGAUGAAGGAAAUAUUGGAGAUGAAACGGGUUCACGAUAGAUUGAAAAAGAAACGGACGGUGGAAAGAGAGCUGAGGGAAAAGGAGAAAAAGGCUCUGCGAGAUAAAAUCUUAGGACGAGAACCUACCCUUGACGAAGACGAUAUUGCGAAAACUGUUCUCAUGUAACGAGAUAUUUCCUUUUUUGAAUAAAUCUUU